CUUGACCACAACACACCAUGGACACGUCGACCGUUCCGCUCUACGAUCCCUCGACCAUGGAGCCGCUCGGCCCGGGCUCGCUGCCGUCGACGACACAGGAAGGGAUUCUGGAGGCUGUGUCCAAGGCACGGGCUGCGCAGGUGGCCUGGGGCAAGUCGUCGUUUGCGACGCGCAACCGUGUGCUCAAGCGGAUGCAGCAGUUCAUUGUGGAGCACCAGACGGAGAUCUGCGAGCUGUCGAUGCUAGACUCGGGCAAAACGAUGAUGGACGCGCACUACGGCGAGCUCUUCCCUGUGCUGGAGAAGAUCCGGUUCCUCGCGGAGCACGGCGAAGCGACGCUGGCGACCGAGUCGCGGCCUGUGGGCUCGCUCCUCCAAAAGGUGGCACAGGUUGAGUACUCCCCGCUGGGGGUGUGCGGCAUCAUUGCGCCAUUCAACUGGCCGUUUCACAACAUCAUGUGCCCGCUGCUUCCGGUCCUCUACGCCGGCAACGGAGCAGUGAUCAAGGUCUCCGAGUGGACCUCGUACUCAACCGAGUACUACGCGGCCAUGGUGCGCGAUGCCCUCGAGGCCGAGGGCUUCUCGGGCGACCUUGUGCAGUUUGUCCUCGGAUGGGGCGACGUUGGCGCCGGCCUGGUCACGUCGGGAGUCGACAAGAUCUUCUUCACUGGCUCGCCACAGAACGGACGCAAGGUGAUGGCGGCGGCGUCGGAGACGCUCACGCCUGUGGUGCUCGAGCUCGGCGGCAAGGAUCCGAUGAUUGUGACGGACGAUGCCGACUUUGAGCAUGCGGUCUCGCAAGCCAUGCUUGGCGUCUUUACCUCUUGCGGGCAGAUGUGCGUGGGCGCGGAGCGGAUCUUUGUCCACGCCUCGAUCCACGACAAGUUUGUCAACGCGGUGGUGGACAAGCUCAAGCGGUCGUCGCAGGGCCCGCCCAUCGAGGGCUGCCACGAUAUUGGCUCGACUACCAUGCCGCGGCAGCUCGACAUCAUCGAGGAUCUGGUCAACGACGCCCUCGCCCGUGGUGCAACCGCCGUUGUCGGUGGCAAGCGCAACACCAAGUACAAGGGCCAGUUCUGGGAGCCGACCGUUCUCAUCAACGUCACCCCCGACAUGCGCAUCAUGCAGGAGGAGCACUUUGGCCCUGUCAUGGUCAUCAUGGCGUGGCAGACCGACGACGAGGUCAUCGCCCUCGCCAACGACUGCCCGUACGGUCUCGGCGCCUCGGUUUUCUCGUCCGACCCCAAGCGCGCCCGCAAGCUCGCCGACGCUAUCGUCUCGGGCAUGGUCGCCAUCAACGACUACGGCAUCACAUACGUCUGCCAGUCGUUGCCAUUUGGCGGGACCAAGAUCUCGGGCGUCGGCCGCAUCAAUGGUCCCGAGGGCCUUAAGGCCUGCGCCCACGUCAAGGCUGUUCUCGAGGACCGCUUCCCGUUCUCCAUCAAGCUCCCUGCCGUCUGGCAGUACCCGGUCAACCAGAACGACGGUGUGGCCUUUGCCCAGAACGUCAUCCGCAUGAUGUACGGUGACGGCGCCUUUGACAAGGCCAAGGCGGCCAUCUCUAUGGUUCCGAUGCUUUCCAAGCUGUAAAAGUCCGAGUUGCG